AUGUUCUCCCAGCUGAUACAGGUGGCUGUGCUGGGUCUGUGGUGUGCCUUCCCCAUUUCAACCGCUCGGGUCGUGUAUCCAAAGACGUUGCCAUGUAAUGUCACGGAGCGCAGCAACAGCAGUGAGGUGACCGUAGACUGCACAGAGACAAAACUCCACGAUAUCCCAUGGGGCAUCCCACGAGAGACCACCAACCUGACUCUCACCAUAAACCACAUCCAUUAUUUAAACUCCUCCUCGUUUCACGGACUGGAUAACCUGACGGAGAUAGACUUCAGGUGCAACUGUGUGCCUGUCAAAAUCGGCCCCAAGGAUAACAUCUGCAUUAAAAGUGUGGAAAUAGAAGAUCACACAUUUUCAGGCCUUGGGAAUCUUAAAGCGUUGUAUCUUGAUGGCAACCAGCUCUAUGAGAUACCGGAACACUUGCCACCAGACCUAUUGUUGCUCAGCCUGGAAGUAAACCACAUAUAUAGCAUUUAUACAGUAAAUCUUACCGGCCUCACAAAUGUUGAGAUUCUGUAUCUUGGUCAAAAUUGCUACUUUCGAAACCCAUGCAACAAUUCGUAUUACAUAGAGGAUGGAGCAUUUUUACAGCUUAACAAUUUAAUGCUUUUGUCUCUGAAGUCAAAUAACUUAUCCUAUAUACCACACCAGUUGCCUACUCAUCUGAAAGAAUUGUACUUAUAUAAUAAUAACAUAAGAGAAGUGACAGAAGAAGAUUUCAAAAACCUAACCAAUCUGGAGAUUCUAGAUAUUAGCGGCAAUUGUCCUCGCUGUUACAAUGCACCUUUUCCUUGCACCCCUUGCCCGAAUGGCUUUCCUCUACAAAUACACCCUGAUGCCUUCAAAAUGCAAACAAAACUUACAGCCCUGCGUCUCCAUAGCAACUCUUUGACAAAUGUUUGCAAGGAUUGGUUUAAAAGUACUAAGAACCUCAGGGUACUAGAUCUUUCGUCAAACUUUUUAUCCAAGGCUGUGGGAUCCUUUGACUUUCCCCAUUUUCUUAACAACCUGGAAGAACUGGACCUUUCGUUUAACUAUGAGCUGCAGAAAUAUCCUAGGACUCUGUAUCUGAGCCCACACUUUUCUGAACUGAAAUCUUUAAGAGUGUUCAGAAUGAGAGGUUUCGUUUUCCAGCAGCUAGAAAUGGAUAGUAUUGCACCUUUAAAAUCUUUAAAAAAUUUAGAGGUUGUCGAUUUUGGAACAAACUUCAUUAAAACUACAAAUCUUAGCAUCCUGAUGGAAUUACAAAGUUUUAAAAUAAUCAAUUUGGCUGAUAAUAAAAUCUCAAUCCCCUCUGAUGACCAAACGGCUCUGGGGUUUUCUGCGCCUGAGUUAAAAGAUUGGUCUCCUAUGUCGUCUGGGGUGGAGUACGAUAGCACAGAUGUAAAAGAAAUUCACUAUUUCAGGUUUGACGAGUAUGCCCGCAGCUGCAAACACAAAGACAAAGAACUAGGAACGGUCACUUCUCUAGUGAACAAACGGUGCAGUAAGUUUGGGAAGAGUCUGGAUGUGUCUAGAAACAACAUUUUCUUUUUGCAUCAUCGCUUUUUAAAUCUUGAAGACCUCAGGUGCCUAAAUUUGUCCAAUAACUUGAUGAGCCAAAGUCUAAAUGGCUCUGAAUUCUCCAAUCUCCCAAAUUUACAAUACUUGGACUUUUCCUCAAAUCGCCUAGACCUGCUGUAUUCAACUGCCUUCCAAGAACUACAAAAUCUGGUGAUUUUAGAUAUAAGUCAUAACGACCAUUACUUUCAAUCAGAAGGUCUAACCCACAUGCUCAAUUUUACCAAAAACCUAAAGAAGCUGACCACACUGCUGAUGAACAACAAUCAGAUCUCUACUUCCACCAACACCGAGUUAGAAAGUGAAUCUCUGGAGAGGUUAGAGUUCAGAGAUAACCGUUUGGAUGUUAUGUGGAGGGACGGUGACAUUAGAUAUGUUAAUUAUUUUAGUAAACUAGUAAAUCUGAAAAUCCUUGACAUCUCUAAGAACAACCUUCACUCCCUCCCUCCUGAGCUGUUUGCUGGCCUGCCUGGCAAAUUGUCAGAACUUCACUUGAAAGGCAACGGGCUCAAAUCCUUUAACUGGAAGGAGCUACAACAUCUGCGUUCUUUGCAGGUUUUAGAUCUCAGUGGGAACAGCUUAACUACUGUGCCACAUGUGCUGUCAAACUGCAGCAACUCUCUUAUAAAGCUAAUUUUACACAAGAACAAAAUAGUGACACUGUCAGUAGAUUUUCUCAAAGAUGCUUUCAAUUUAAAACAUCUGGAUCUUAGUUUUAAUUUGAUUGAGUAUGUGGAGGUAUCAAGUUUUCCUGAUGAUGUUGUAAAUACGAUGGAUAUGCUGCUUUUGCACAAUAACAGCUUCGCAUGUACUUGUAAGGCUACCAGGUUUUUUAAAUGGCUCAACGAUACAAUGGUGACAAUUCCCAAACUGGGUACAGAUGUAACUUGUGUCCUUCCAGAGGCCCAAAAAGACCAUCCGGUUUUAUCAGUGAACUUAUCAGCCUGCCAGCACAGUGACCUGUCCAUCAUCAUCUACACUCUGAUGACUUCGUUCAUUCUGUGCUGUGUCACCCUCCCGAUCUCCAGUCAUCUCUUCCUAUGGGACGUGUGGUACAUCUAUCACUUUUUAAGGGCUAAGCUCAAAGGCUACAGGAGGCUCAUUUCCCAACCUUCUAUUUAUGACGCCUUUGUGAUAUAUGACAAAGAAGACGCGGCUGUGAUUGAGUGGGUGACCAAGGAGAUGUGCGUUCAGCUGGAGCGUCGGGGGGAUCGCAGGCUCACACUGUGCCUGGAGGAGAGAGACUGGAUACCCGGAUGUCCGCUCAUCGAUAACCUGUCCCAAAGCAUCCACAAGAGCAAGAGGACGGUGUUUAUUCUCACCAACAAAUAUAUCAAAAGUGGGAGCUUCAAAACUGCUUUCUACAUAGCCAAUCAAAGACUCAUGGAUGAAAAGGAUGAUGUUAUAAUACUGAUCUUCUUGGAAAAGGUGGUGUGUAAUUCAAAAUACUUGAGAUUGAGGAAGAGACUGUUCAGUAAGUCUGUGCUGGACUGGCCCACUAAUCCUCAGGCCCAGCCAUACUUUUGGUUUUGUCUGAGAAACGUGCUGGCUACAGAAAGUCACAAACAAUACAACAACCUUUUUAAAGAGACUUUGUAA